UCAGCUUUAGUAAACUGUUUCCUGCUUUCAACCUCAGCUUCAGUAUGUCUUCUUCAGCUGUUCCUUUCCUGCUUUAAUAUGAACAAACAUCAGUGGUUAUAGUUAUAGUCAUUACAGUAUCUGGUGUUAAUUUUCUUUACACACCUAUGUCAAUUGUUGUCUCAGUGCCAACAAGAUCUGAUGAGCAUCUGUAAGAGUCUUAGCCUUAACUUCUUUCUCCAUCAUCUUCACCAUACCAUUUGGUGUUUUAGUGUAAAAUAUCAAGAAAUUGUCCGGCUACAUCAUACUUAUCAUUGUGCAUACUGGUAAUUUAGGCUACUUAAGCCAAAGACCCUCAGGUCUAUAAAGACUCUGGCUUCGACUUCCUGCUCUGUUACUCUUUUCCUGUUUCAAAUUUAGAAAUUGUGUCCAGCUACGUAAUCACUAUUCUAGUAGUUGUUGUUAACUGCCUCAUCAUACAAAUUAAUGUUCAUCACAUAUCGAAAGACUCUCCUGCCAUCUUUUUAAAGAUCUGAAAUUUGAUGUUUUUAAAAGCAUUAAUGUCAACAACCUUAGAUCAGCUUUUGCAACUUUGCCAUAUUUUUCCUGCUUUAAUACUCUGGGCAGAUAAAAAGAGAUCUUUGGCAAUAAUUUAGAUCAUUAUGUCUAGAACAAUAAGAGCGACAUUUAUGAUACCAAGAACACCAUAUUCACAGUGAAGUAUGGUGGUGGGCGAGUCAUGAUAUGUGGCUGCUUCUCUGCAAUCAGUACUGAAGCAAAACACACGACUGAAAGACACCUGGAUGUAGGGCUGGACAAUAACUCUAUCAAUAUAUAUCGCGAUAGAAAAUAUUUCAAUAACGGUGAUAUGAUUUUUAGGCACAUUUCCAAAAUUUCGAUAAAUAUUAUUUACAACAUCUGCGCUGACGUUCAUUACAGGGCGCUGCCACCAGUUCAUUACAUUCAAGCCGAACUGAAAAAGCAAAGCACAGUGGCUGAUGACGUACACCACAGGCAGCAGCCACUGCUCAGCAAUAGCAGGCUAGGCUAGGUUCGGCGGCACGUUCUAGCUGUAAAAUGAGUACCGCUGACCGCAAUACAAAUGUGACUGAACGAGCUUCCACGAGUGAUAAUAAAGCAGACGAAAUAGUUGAUAAGAGAGGAAAGACAAGUUCAGUGGUGUGGAAGUGGUUCGGCUAUCGAAGAUUCAGGUUUCAGUGUGCUGCAAAAUGUGCCGUAGAGUGGUGCCGACUAGCAGCGGGAGUUCCACUCGACAGAAUGAAGGGAAGAGUGUGAAGAUGAGGCACCAUAAAAGUUUAAGCCAACCUGUCCCUGAGACAUCACCAGCACCCCCACCAUCACCAGCAGGUGUGUUAAGCAAAGGGAACCCCACGCAGCAAACACGGAUAGCUGCGUUCAUGCCGUAUGACAAACAGGCCAAGCGUCAUAAAGACAGCACUAAAGCUGUAACAGACUUCUUGGCUAAGGACAUGAUGCCGUUUACUACAGUGGAGAAUGUAGGCUUCAGGAAAAUGAUUUCAGUCAUCCACCCCAGAUACGAACUCCCUGGCCGCCGGUGUUCUUCUAUACCCAAGCUUUAUGGUGCAGUUAGGGAAAGGGUGGAGGAGCAGCUGAAGUCCGCGUCGUUUUUGCGACCACAGCUGACCUGUGGUCAAGCCGAACCGUACAUGAGCCUGAAAGUCCACUUCAUCGACAAAGACUGGAAGCUUGUCAGCUUAUGCCUCCAGACGGUCUACUUUCCUGAGGAACACACGGGCGAAGCAGUUGCCGCCGGACUUGCCGACGCGCUCGUUUCCUGGGGACUCGGCGAGGACCGCCAGAUCUGCGUUACCACAGAUAGCGGGACCAAUGUCAUCAAAGCUGCUGAGCUGAACGGAUGGACAAGGCUACAAUGCUUCGGGCACCGACUGAACUCUGCUAUUGAGAAAGUUAACCAAGACAAGGGAGUAGACAGAGCAGUUGGGGUCUGUAAAAAGGUGGUGGCUGCCUUCUCCUUCUCCUGGAAGAAAAAGCGGGACCUUGCAGCUGCUCAGGAAGAGUAUAACUUGCCAAAGCACAAGCUUGUGAGUGAGACACCAACAAGAUGGGGCUCCCGUCAACAAAUGGUGAAGCGGGUUCUGGAGCAGAAAAGGGCCAUCACAGAGGUCCUCUCAAAGGACAAGAAGACCAGGUCACUGGUUCCCACCUGGCAAGAUGUGGAUAUUUUAGAGUCUAUAGAUGCAGCUCUGAGCCCACUUCUUGAAUUCACUGAUGCCUUGUCCGGUGAGUCCUACGUCAGUGUGUCAUUCCUAAAACCAGUCAUGCAUCUCUUCAACACCUCCAUCUUGAAGGAAGCAGAGGAUGACACAGAGCUCACCCGGACCAUAAAGACGACAGUGAUGGGAUACCUCAACGAAAAGUAUGAUGACCCAGCAAUGGAUGAUCUGCUUGACAUGGCAUGUCUUGUUGACCCAAGAUUCAAGCUUCAUUACACUCAGGAGGAGAAGAGAUAAUACAUCAAAGACAGAGCCAUGUUGGAGAUGCUGAAGGGAGAGAGAGCUGUUGUGGUAAGGGCAGAAGAGUCCAGUGAAGAAGCCAUGGAAGAAGCUUCUGUAGCAGUGCCACCAGCCAAGAAAGCAAAGCGGUCUCUGGCUAGCUUUUUUUCAAACAAGCCCACCAUUAGCAAUACAGCAGGUCUGAGUGCACAGCAGGCAGUUGAGAGGGAGCUCGGCAACUACCUUCUGACUCCAGAUGCUGACAGUGACUCAGAUCCUCUGGAUUGGUGGAAAGUCUAUCAAAAGAAUUUCCCCAAUGUAAGAAAACUGGCAAAACAGUUCUUGUGCAUUCAGGCCACAAGCUCCCCCUCUGAGAGGGCUUUUAGCACAGGUGGCAACAUCGUCACAUGUAAAAGGGCAGCUUUGAAGCCAGAUAAUGUAGACCAGCUUGUAUUUCUUGCCAGAAACCUCUAGGGCCCACCAUAGGGUGUCAUCAACCCUCAAACAUGUCACUUCACCAGCAACAUGUGUUUUUAUUGUUGCCCGCUCAUUUUUCUGUAUUCUGCAGAAACUCUGAGCACUUUUCAUAUUCCUUAUCUUGGAUGAAGCACUUUUGUUUCAUUAUAUGUACAUAAGAAUAAGAUAAUCAGCCCAUGUUGUAGUUUGAAGAUAUUAAUAUUGACAAAGCCAAGAAGUUUGUUUAUUUGAAGGCAAUGUCAUGUUUCUUGUUCGGCUGAAUACAAAUAAAAGGUGAACACUG